AUGCAUGGAUCUCGGUCCAUGAAGGGACUUUCGAAGGCAGAGCCAGGCCCAUCGGAACAGCCUCAGUAUUCUUCCCACAAGUACCCCCCAUCGAACAGCCCUCAUGUCGUCAAAAAUCCACAUUUCCCGCAAUAUGAUACUACCAACUACCAACUUCCGCCUCCCCCUUCUUCAACUUCUACACCUUACGCAUACUCUCUUGGCGGAGCCUACUUAAAUGGAUUCAGACCAGAGACUGCGCCUGCCCCUGGGGUUGUUCCACUGAGGGGGGGUGAUUUUGGCUCCUUGACACAAGCGGUCGUCCAAGAAGCGCACCAGAACCACGAUAUUAACAGUUUUGAAUACGGAGUCUAUUCGAUGUCGCACCAGCAACACUAUCCCCAGUCCUUUUAUCCACCUGCGUGGGACCACCGAGGUGUUUCUCUCCAUGAUGAGCGUUUAUCAUAUGGACAAACUCAGUACGACUCGGACUCACAUGAAGACUACGCAGUGCUGGGCAAGCUUAGGGGUUUGCAGGCUAAUUCAGAACCGAAGGGCGAUGACUGCGAUGUGUCUAAUCCCUGGAUGAGUCACAUUCCUAAACGCUCCCAUAACUUCACACCUGAUGCUCCAGCAAAGCAUUUCGAGACACUGCAAGGCCGUGAGCGGCAGGCUAGACCUCCGUCCAUCCUGGAUUUACCACAUUCCCAAGAUUUCGAACCUCAAGCUCUGGAAAAGACCUGUGAGAUAUUGCGAGAACAUGACCGGAAGCCUCACAAGCUGGGUGAGAAUUUUGAAUAUAACUUGGAAGCCAGGUUGAGGAAACAACCUCAGGUGUCGAAGGAGUCCAUCGAGUUACCUGAUGCAGCAAGUUUGACCCUACGAUCCCGCACCCCUUCAGCUUCCCCAACCGUAUCAUCUGAUAUCGAGGUGGCUUCAAUCUCUGAUGAUUCAGACGCGGUAGGCCAGCUUGAUGUGAACAGCCAAGGGUACCGCAUCUUCAGCCGAGUCUUCUGUCGCAUAGCGAUUCUCGGUCAGAACGAAGUGACAGAGAGAGGUGAGUCGAGCAGCAAUAGCUCAAAAGGAAAGCAAGUUGCGAAAGGCGGGUCUACAAGCUCUUCUAGUACCAGGGAUGGAACAAGCUCGACACGUGGACGGAAGAACCAACGGCAAGACGAUGACAUUGGAGAUGAAGGCGGAGAUGGAAGGAACGAGCCGCCCUCGAAGAGGGGCAAGACAAGUCAGUCACAGUGUGGGGGAAGAUCGCGGUUCCUUGCUUGUCCAUACUGGAAAUCGGACCCCGAAAAGUAUUGGGAAUGCUUUCUGAAGAAGAAUGAUACCAUCGCACAUUUAAAACAACACCUGACGCGCCGACAUACACCCAAGUAUUACUGUCAAAUUUGCUAUGAAACCUUCGGAGACUUUGAUCUUUUUGACUUCCACGCGCUGGAGAGAUCAUGUACGCGAGGUCCAUCGGCGAAAUUGGAAGGGAUAUCUCAGCAACAAAAGAAUCAGCUGUCCGUCAAGAGUAAAGGAUCGGUUGAACAACAAUGGUACACAGUAUGGUCUAUCCUGUUUCCUGAUUUGGAACCACCUGCUACGAUUUACAUUCAUUCAACACAUUCCGAAGACUUUUGCCGGAUUCAGGAGUUUGCGCAAGGAGAAGGAGUUGCCAUUAUGCUGGAUGAACUGGAGUCUAAUGGACUGGUAGUUCAACCGGAUGCAUCUAACCAAAUGCUCCGAUCGACCGUACAGAGAGCUAUGGUGGCGAUAUUCAGAAGCUAUUCGAUCAGGCGCGAACCCAGUUCUGAAGAAGCAGAGGAGCCGAUCCUCAGCCAGGCUUUGGAACCAGACCAUGGAGUAUCACUUCAGCAAGUGUCAAUUACUGGGGGGCAAAUAGGCCAUGGCAAUCUUCCCAUUAACUCUACCUAUAUGAACCGGAUGAUGGAAGAUGUCACGGAUGGUUCUAUUAUCGAAAAAUCAAAUAGACCGAGCAGAAGUACAUGGUCACAAUUACCAAUGACGGCUUCGUGGCUUCCUAGAGGGAUUGUGCAGGAUCACAAUGAAGAUGAGCCAUGGGGACCAGCUUUUCUUGAUGAGCCAGCAUUCGGGCAAAGUUCCUCAGGAAAUGAUCUACCAUUUAACCUUGAGAGUUCGGACAUGUCAGACUUAGAUGCCUUGUUGCGAGAUGUGAUAAGUGCUGAAUCAUAG